CUCUUUACACACAGCAAUAUGUUAAUUACCCUCUUUACACACAGCAAUAUGUUAAUUACCAUCUUAAUACACAGCAAUAUGUUAAUUACCCUCUUUACACACAGCAAUAUGUUAAUUACCCUCUAUAUACACAGCAAUAUGAAAAUGUUUCUAAAGGAUUACCGAGCGACUAUCAUACUGUCACACACACAUCUGUGUGGCUCGAGACAGUUUAGUUGUCUCGGACAGAUACUGAUUAGCUGACUGAAUGGUUAAUGACACGCAUAUAGUCCUGCGGGUUAUUGUAUAAAUAUGUUCAUAUGUAGCCUAUGUAAAUAUAUUAGCAGUUUGGUCAUGAAGAAACACUAGAUGUGUGUGUUUCAUUCUUCAAUUUUUUAUAAAUUUAAGUGUUGUAAUAUUAUAGCCUACACAAUGUCAUCAUAAUGUACUCUGUGGUGUGUUUUGUGUGCGUUUUUGUUUUAUUAUUUCUUCACUUUAUAAAUCAAAUGCUGUAACAAUGUUGUAAUGUAUGGAAUUGUCAUAAAUCUGCUGCUGGCAAAGCUUAAACGAAUUGGCUGAUUCUCCUGCCACUCGAGACCAGCCAAUGUUGCGAAUAAUUGCCACUAGGGAUCGCUUGAAUAUAAUUCAGGGAGAGAGGUGGUAGAGAAACGGUUUUGAUAGUUUUGCAGCGCUCAUGCAACAUCGCCAACAGUGUACCCAAGACAAUUUGCUUUAUAGGUCCACUUGACAAUCUCUGUUCUCUGACGCCGCUCAUGUAGAGGCAGAACGCAUCACACACGAUCUGUUCAGCUUCAAUACUUUUGAAGCAUGGAUUUGAUAGUCAAAGUGUAGAAUAUUGUGUUAUUGCAGAGGACGGAAUUAAAUAAAUCUCAUUAUCACUAACUCCAUGCACUGCUCAACGGCUACAGGAGUCCGUCUGCCAGUAAGAUGAGGUUGCUACAACACUGACCGACAACACGUCUCACACACUGGAUCACAGUAACCUGGAUGCAACACACUCCUGCAGACCAAGAUGUGUGUAUCUGCCCUGUCUCGGUGGCUGAUGCUGGGUCUGCAGCUAUUGGUGAUGGUGGUUUUCAGGACACAAGGUGAGGUCAUCGCCCCCUCCAGCAUGACCGCUGUGGCGGGCCUCCCCUUCACGCUGGGCUGUAACGUCACCAUAGCAACUGGCGACACGGUCAAGCAGGUCCGCUGGCUGAACAAACACAAGCAGGUUCUCCUGGCGUACGAGCCAGGCGAGUCAGUCAGAACCACCUCCCGCCAAGACGACGUGGAGCUAACUUCCUCGCACCGCAACGUCAGCGCCAUCACCAUCAAGAGGGUGGGGCCUAACGACGAGGGCUGCUACCGCUGCAUCUUUGACAUCUACCCCAGCGGAGCACAGGAGGGAAUGACCUGCCUCAGUAUCGAAGUCAAAGUGGGCAAUGAGGGUAAUAAAACAGCCAUCAGCGGGAAGCUGGCCACCAUGUCCUGCUGGUACGGCCUCCCAGACAGGGUACGCCAGGUCCUGUGGAGAAAGACUGCAGAGCAGGGCGACACCACCACGUUGGCCUCCUUUGCCAAGCGAGGCCAACCCAGCAUUGAGGAACCUUAUCGGGGACGCAUGACCCUGAACCCCUCCCUGGGAGACACCCAGCUCUCCAUCAGGCCGGUGAAGACGGAGGACGAGGGCUGCUACACCUGCGAGUUCCACACUUACCCAGAAGGCACCAGGAGCGCCACGGCCUGCCUCUUUGUAUAUGUGCUGCCCAACCCAGAGAUCACCCACGUGACCUCCAGCGGGGUCAUCGAGGCCAACUGCACGGCCGCAGCCCGUCCUGCAGCCCAGAUGGUAUGGAAUGUGGAGGGGCACAACCGGACGCUGGGGCCGUCCGUGUCCUCGUCCUACGACCAGGGGGACGGCACCACCCUGGUAACCAGCACCCUCCUCCUCCAGGAGGCCCUGCCCCACGACCAAUCCGUCAAAUGCAUGGUGCACCACCGAGGCCUGGACUCGCCCAUGUCCGUCAACCUCAAUGGUGAGCAUCUCAGAGAAUCACAUUGGCUCAAUAAAGAUGUAUAUAUUAGCAGUAAAAAUUAA